AUGGCAGUGUCACGUAAAAUACGUGCAAAAGAAAUUUCUCCGCCAAGUUACAUGAAACGUAUGGAAGGUGCGCAUGAUGAGCAAUUGUUGCGGAACUAUUGGCUGAAAGAAGUAAAUACAAGGAUGAGAAAGCAUGAAUAUCCAUUGCGAAGUUCUCCUUACUUGUCCUUCUGGCCAGAGCCAUGA